AAUCAACGCUGUUACAUUUCAAGAUGGCUGCCUCCAUUGGAUAUUACACGUGAAUUUUGUAAACAUUGUCAAAUUUUGGUCAAAUCAUUGAAAUGGAUAGUGGUAGCAAGCAAAUAAGAGAAAUCGAAACAUGGAUUUUGAGUGGUAUACCUUGUAAAGAAACAAUUGAAAAUGAACAAAGUGAGCUUAUAAACUGCGUACUACAUGGAGAUUAUGCCCGGGUAUUCCAGUUUUCACUUGUCAAGGAUUUACUGCAGAGAGAAGGAAAGUCCAUUUCUGAUGUGAAAGACGCUAUUAAUCAGAACGUUAAAAGACUCCUAACUCAGACAGACAAACAGAAGACAGCAGAAUGUGAGUUGGAGAUUCUGUGUGUUGCGAUUGCUUGCCUGCAGACAUUUGUGUGUCAGAAUUGGCUGGGGCCAUUGUCUGGUUUCUCUGAGGAACUGAUCACUAUCUUAGCAGGUUCCACUGAUGUGCUGGUGUGCUGUAGAGAGAUUUUACAAGAGAUGUCAUGUGAUGGAGAGGACGUUUAUAACCUGUGCCGGGGAAUUGAGUUCCUGUUUGUGGCUCAGUGUGUCCUUAAUGCAUGCCAGACUCAAACACAGAACUUACAGACAGUGGAGUGGUGGACCAUGAGGAGUGUGUAUGUAUAUCAACAGGUCCUAGGCGAUAAGUGUGCCUCCCUCAGGGAACAGGUGCUCAGUUUGAUUGGCACAAUUACUAAGACAGAGCCCUGGAAGACUGAUGAGAGAAGCAGGGAUUUGCUGACACAAUUUCAUAUAGAGGCUGGUUAUAUAGGUCACACUUUCUUUGAUUACAAAUUAGCUCAUGAGCAUUUAAUGGCUGCCAAGAGCUGCACAGGGCUACAGAUCAAAUUAACUGGUGUGAUGGGAAAGAGAACUAAGUUUCAGUCUGAAGACAAGGCCCAGCUCAUUCUUGGGGUCACCAGGGGUGAAGAGGGCACCACGCAGGAGAACUCCAUCAAAACGAGACUUCCAAAGAUUUUGAAUUUAGAUGAUGAUACCGUGUUGGAUGCCAUCAAUCUGACAGAGCCAAACACGGAGAUUGCCGUCAACAUGUCAGCCGCAGAACAAACUGUUGUUAUAGCAACCAUGGAGGAUCAUUUGAGGACACAUGCCAAUCAGGAGAAACUGACAGAGGAAGAGGCAGGAGCCUACAUAGAGUGCAUCUUGUCUCAAGCCAAGUGCUGGAGUGUGACCUUGGCCAGUCUUUACAGAAGGUCAUGUCUUGAGAAAGGAGGUCGUCGACGAGUGGAGCGAUCCAUGAUGCAAAUUGAGGAAAUUGUGAAGCAGAUGAAAACUCUUGACCCUCCAGCGUCAGAAAGACUGUAUCUGUUUUACUCCGUUAAGAUCCCCCCAGCAUGGAGAUUAGAGAGACAGUUAGCCGAGUUGCUGCUGAGUAUUGGGAUUAUCGGUGGUGCUGUAGAAGUGUUUGAGAGAUUACAGCUGUGGGAGGAUGUCAUUACUGGAUACAAAAGGCUCGGCAAAAUGGAAAAGGCUGAGAUGAUAAUCCGCGACCAACUGGCAAUACAAGAGACACCAAAUCUGUGGUGUUUCCUUGGAGACGUGACGCGAGAUAUCAAUCAUUACAUAAAGGCAUGGGAAAUGUCGGGACAUCGACACGCUAGGUCACAGAGGUGUAUGGGGUACCUAUACAUGGCCCAGGAACAGUACGAGAUGUGUAUCGAAUGUUUCCAGAAAUCUCUCAAAAUCAACUCGCUCCAGGUUCCUGUUUGGUUUACCUAUGGAUGUGCUUGUAUGGCAGCGAGGAAGUUCGAGGAGGCAGUUAAAGGUUUCAAACGAUGUGUCAACAUUGAUACGGACAAUUUUGAGGCCUGGAAUAACAUGGCAUCAGCUUAUGUUCAGCUCAAAGACAAGAAAAAAGCUUUUAUAACAUUGAAGGAAUCCUUAAAAUGUAACUAUGACAACUGGAGAAUCUGGGAAAACUUAAUGGUGGUGGCCACUGACUGUGGUGAGUUUACGGAAGCCAUGCAUGCCUAUCACCGGCUGAUUGACCUUAAGGAAAAGUGGACUGACAUAGAGGUUUUGAGAAUUCUAGUGCGGGGCACUACAGGAGAUUAUCAGGACGCCCAGGGGAAUCCCAGCAGUCUCCACCAACCGAAACUUCUGGAGCUGUUUGGCAGAAUCACAGCAAAAGUGUCAAGUGAGGGGAAAAUAUGGAAAUUGUACGCUGAGCUCACGAACAGCUUGGAAGGACAAAAGCCUGAGACACAGCAAAAGGUCUUACAGUAUCUCCAGAAGUCACAGAGAUGUCUGACACAGGAAGUAGACUGGGAGAAGUCAUUGGACAAAUGUAGAAGUGUUGGGGAGCAUUCAUUAGAACUGGCUGAUUUGUAUACUGAGAUCAGUGAGAAGAGCCCAGUGUCAGAUGAUGCCCUUCCUUUACUGCAGUCAGCUAAAAUGAUGCUUAAAGGCGUCCUGGCCAAAAUCAAGCUGGCACACACAGACCCAGUAACCGACUCACUGUCUGAAAACCUCCAGGAAUUGGUUGGCACCAUGGAAACCAAACUACAGACCAUCACCUCCAGUGUUAAUGAACGAAAAAAAUAAAUUAUUAUUUCAUGUU